GGCAGCCUGUUUCUGAAUGAUGAUAUUCAGACAACAACAACAUAAAAAAACAGGAACCGUGUGGAUAACUGACCGAGAGGGCCACCUCUAAGGACGAACACUAACAUCUGAGUGCAUCUGCAGAUGGCUUGAUUUCUCGCAGCUUUUUAUUUUACAAUCUAUUUCUUUUCCUCUGUAUGAGGCACUUUGCAGACCCCCCCCCCUCAGUAAUUCAUAGCUGAGUCGGAGGCGGCUGUCCUGAUGAAGUGUCGGCAGAGGGAGGAGGAAACCAGCAGAGAGAGGAAGGAAACGAGGAUAACGUCACGAGAAGCAGAAUCGGAGUAAAACGGAGUGAAUAGUGUUUAAUGGACAGUCCUUGAUGCGGGCCGGGAGACCGAGCUGUGGCGAAGUGUGUUUGUUUACGUCGCACUGGACAAAUAUGUUUUUGUUGACUUGUUGGGCGUGAAAAAAAGGAAAGCGUUUUUCGGAGAGGAAGCAGAAGCAGCAGCAGCAGCAGCAGCAGCAAGAUUUCAUCUUUUUUCAGGAGGCUCCACUAACGCAGAGCAAUGGAAAUGUGUGUAGCCCUCCUCCUCCUCCGUUUGCCUGUUUGCUGAAGGAUUUUUUGGAAGCAGCCUAAUCGUGACACACGCAGCUUUAAGUGGAUCUCUUCAGCGUCUCUGUGGUGGUUUUUUUUUCUCCCCCCUUUCUUUUUUAAUGCGUGAAAAAGACACAUAGCUCAAUCCUCCGCGGGGAUUUUGGAGACGUUGCUUUCAGUUUUGUGUUUUUUUUUUACGACAGCAGAAAAAAAAAAGAAAAAGGAAAGCAAAAACCAUCGGCAGAAUUAACAGGUGACUGCUUGGACAAAUCCAAAAUGAGUGAGCUGGAGCAGCUUCGUCAGGAGGCAGAGCAGCUUAGGAACCAGAUAAGAGAUGCCAGGAAAGCAUGUGGGGAUUCAACCCUGACACAGAUAACUGCUGGUCUGGAUCCUGUGGGGAGGAUUCAGAUGAGGACGAGACGCACCCUCCGGGGCCACCUUGCUAAGAUCUAUGCCAUGCACUGGGGUACGGACUCAAGGCUCCUGGUUAGUGCCUCUCAAGAUGGAAAACUGAUCGUCUGGGACAGCUACACUACUAACAAGAUCCACGCCAUCCCCCUGCGCUCCUCCUGGGUGAUGACCUGCGCGUACGCCCCUUCUGGGAACUACGUCGCCUGCGGAGGCCUCGACAAUAUCUGCUCCAUCUACUGCUUGAAGACUCGCGAGGGCAACGUUAGGGUCAGCAGGGAACUACCUGGCCAUACAGGUUACCUGUCAUGUUGCCGUUUCAUUGAUGACAAUCAAAUCAUCACGAGUUCAGGAGACACCACAUGUGCACUGUGGGACAUCGAGACGAGUCAGCAGACCACAGUUUUCUCGGGCCACAGCGGCGACGUCAUGAGUCUGUCCCUGUCACCCGACCUCCGCACUUUUGUGUCAGGGGCCUGUGACGCCUCGGUCAAACUGUGGGACAUCAGAGACAGCAUGUGCCGGCAGACCUUCACAGGCCACGAGUCGGACAUCAACGCCAUCUGUUUCUUUCCCAACGGCAGCGCCUUCGCCACAGGCUCCGACGACGCCACCUGCAGGCUGUUUGACCUGCGUGCAGACCAGGAGCUCAGCCUCUACUGCCAUGACAACAUCAUCUGUGGCAUCACCUCCGUGGCUUUCUCACGCUCUGGCCGCUUGCUGCUGGCUGGUUACGAUGACUUUAACUGCAACAUCUGGGAUGCCAUGAAGGGAGACAGAGCAGGAGUCCUGGCCGGCCAUGACAAUCGUGUGAGCUGUCUUGGUGUGACGGAUGACGGCAUGGCGGUGUCCACUGGGUCCUGGGAUAGCUUCCUUAAGAUCUGGAACUGAGCCAUGCGCACACACACACACACAUACAUACACACACAGACACACACACCCAACACACACACACACACACACACACACACUCAUCCAACACAC